AUGAAAAUCAGUGUAUUAGUAACAGUUACUCUAGUUACCGCAAAUAUUCAAAUAGAAAUAGAAAAGGAAGACAAUUUUGCAUUGGCCGUAACUACAAUUAUUUCGGAUUUUUAUGUGAAAGAGUCGAACACAAUUGCCAUAACACAAUGCUCAACAAGUAGACUCGACAUCACACAAAGUGUGAUCUUGGGAGACAUUUUGGCUAGCCUCGACACAAACAUAGCAAUUACAUGGACUAUAAAUGAUGAUGGCUAUCUGAACCGUUCCGUUGACUUCAUCAACAAUCUCAUUUUAAUUGACUCAUAUGAAUCGUGGCGUUUAAUAUUAAACAACAUUGUCCCGAAAUCGUUGGAUUAUUUCGGAUACUACACCGUUGUUGUAACACAAUUUUACAAGGACCACACCACCAUUGUUAACAAUAUUCUACACGAAUGUUGGAAAAAUGACAUUCUCAAUGUUAAUAUUUUGACCUAUGAACCAACUGAUGCUGAAGUAGAUUUAAUUCUGUACACCUACUUCCCAUUCACACCAUCUCAUUGUGGAAACGUCGUGCCAGUGAUUUGGAAUCGGUUUCGAAACGGCCGUUUCGUCGAUCCGAAUAAUGAAUCGUUUCCAAUGAAAACGGAAGAUCUUCAUCAAUGUCCCAUCUCGAUUCUUGUGAACCUGAUAAAACCAUUGAUUUCAGUUGAAAAAACAUAUCCCAAUGAUACAUACGACUUCGAAGGAAUUGAAUACAACGUGCUGCAAACAUUGUCUGAGAGAAUUAAUUUUAAGCCAGUGUUUUCGAUCCACUGGGAUGAUAAUGUUGGAAUGGUGUACGAAAACGGAACUGUUUCGGAAGCUUUGGGCGAGGUUUUUCACAGAAAUGUCAAUAUCACCGUCGGUGCUUUGGUCUUUACACCAGCAGAUAAGAAGGCAUUGAGUGCAACCAAAUCGUACUCAUUUGAUAACAUAAUUUUUGUUGUACCGAAUGCCAGUCCGUACACGUCCUUUGAAAAGCUUUUCUUUCCUUUUACACUAUCAAUGUGGACACUAAUAUUGGUGGUGCUAAUGGCGGCGAUUGUGGUGAUAAAGAUUCUACAGCUAAUUAACAGAGUUACGUACGAAUUUGUAGUUGGCGAGAAGAAUGUCUCACCAUAUCUAAAUCUAAUAAGUGUGCUGCUAACUGGCGGAGUAGAGUAUGAACCGAGAACAAAUUUUGCACGAUUUUUUCUUAUUCUAUGGAUUUUGGUAUGCUUCAUUCUACAAACUGUGUACCAGGGCGAACUAUUUACUUUUAUUAAAAUGAAUAAAAUGAAGGAGAGUGUGCGUAGCAUUGACGAAUUAAUCGAACGGAAUAUUACAAUCAAAUUAAUUAAAGAAAAUUACUACGAAUUUCUCGAAUUUGACCAGCGAAUGGAGAAAAUACUGAAAUUUGUCGACGCAAAAUUGAACUCGGAAUUUGAGUACGUUACCGAAAACGAAGGGUACGUUACCCUUGAGUUACCACUGGUUGACGAGACGAGACAAAAAAGCUAUGAAAAUGGAAUAUUCGAAAGACCACAAACGCUAAAAGUUGUAACGUGUUCUCAUUCGUUGUUCUUGGCCAAAAACUCCUUCCUGAAACAUCCAUUAGAUGACGAAAUUACCUACAUGAACGAAAAUGGAUUGACGGAAAAAUGGAAUGCACCUUAUAAACUAUCGACCCUUUACGACACUACUGAUGUUAGUACUCCCCAUAAGCUUAACUUAUCACAAUUGAUUGGCAUUAUUGAAAUGUGUUUUGGCCUACUAUUGGUUGCUACAGUCGUAUUUAUAUUCGAAAUAUUGUCUACUUACUGGUCAAAAAUAAAAGCGGCAUUGCUGUGCCGUGUUUAUUACGUAGAUAUUUGA